UCGACUGUACAUGGAUUCUAAUAAUAAGCUCUCAUAAAAAAGAGAUCAGUUUGAAUUUGUAACGUCUGUCUCAAGUGAGACGCGAUAUUUGGAAUAUUGACUCUUCAUAAUUGGAACCAAAACCUUUAUCUUACUUCAUAACUGCGGGACUUGGAUUUGUUUGCUUGACGCGGGACUUGGAUUCGCUUGCCGCGGGACUGUGCCUUAGUUCUACGUCUGUGAUAUUUGCCGAGGAUGUACGGUCUGGUCAUCGAGGCGAUCGUGUCGUAUAUCCAGGAGACGUACGGGGAAGAUGUAUGGACCAAGAUCCAGGUGAAAGCUGGGCUGGACAGUGAGUGUUUCUCCACACACGAGCGCUACUCCGAGUCCAUCAUCCCAGUGAUCGCUAACGCCGCCGUCGAAAUCACCGGCGAGUCCUACGACAACCUCUUGGACUCGUUCGGAGUUUCCUUUGUAUCGUUUGUGGGCAAGUAUGGCUACGACAGAAUGCUCAAGGUCCUGGGGAGGCACAUGCGGGAUUUCCUCAACGGGCUGGACAACCUGCACGAGUACCUCAGAUUCAGCUACCCGAAGAUGCGGCCGCCAUCUUUCUUCUGCGAGAACGAGAACAAGAGUGGACUAACGCUACAUUACCGGACUAGGAGGAAGGGGUUUCUCAAUUACGUGAUGGGUCAGAUUCGCCAAGUGGGCAUCAUGUUCUACAACACCAAGGUGGACAUAUACGUCAUAUCAGAGGAGGAGUUGACGGACGGGACACAGCACGUUAUUUUCAGACUGCUGUUCAACAACACGGCUUUCAAGGAGCAGCAGUUCAAACUGUUGCAGGACAAUUACAUAGAAAACAUUCCCAUCUCCUCGGAGCACAUCUUCAACCUGUUCCCCUUCCACGUCGUCUUCUCCCGUAACCUGCAAAUCAAGAGUAUCGGCGCGGGCUUAGCAGCCGUCAUGCCAGACAUCAUGGGCACGAAAUUGGAAGAGCACUUUGAGCUGAAGCGCCCCCUGUUGCCGCUGAUGUGGGACAAUAUCCUGUCCCACACCAAUAACGUGUUUGAGUUAUUGUCCAAGGAGCCUGUGGGCCGUGAUUGGCAAACUACUUCCUACACUGACAACACAUGUUUUUCUUGUGUUUCAGACAGCAAGUUUACGUCUGCCGACAACUUGCACGAGUCGAAUCAUCUGCUGCUGAAAGGUCAGAUGAUGUUCAUGUUGGAGUGGAACGCUGUCAUCUUCCUCGGCUCGCCAAAAAUGGAGAGCCUGGACGAUAUGUUCCAAGCUGGUCUAUACAUCAACGACCUCAGCAUGCACGACUCGAGUCGAGACCUCGUUCUGGCGGGAACUCAGCAGUCCGUGGAACUCAAACUGGCCUUAGAUCAGGAGCAGCAGAAGAGUCGUCUGCUGCGGGAGAGUAUGGCCAAACUGGAUGCCGAGAUGAAGAGAACCGACGCCCUGCUCUACCAGAUGAUUCCCAAAACUGUGGCUGAUCGUCUGCGCAAGGGCGAGCCAGCAGUCAGCACGUGCGAGGUGUUCGACAACGUGACGAUCCUGUUUAGCGACGUGGUGGGCUUCACGACGAUAUGCAGCCAAAUCACGCCCAUGGAAGUCGUGUCGAUGUUGAACGCGAUGUACACCAAGUUUGACAAACUGACGGAGCAACACCGAGCCUACAAGGUGGAGACGAUAGGGGACGCCUAUAUGGUGGUGUCAGGGGCUCCUAUCAUCACGAAAUUCCACGCACUUCAGAUCUGUGACAUGGCGCUCGACAUGCUGUCCUCCAUGUGGGACCUGAUCGACCCGUCCACGGGAGGAAACAUGAAGAUCAGAGUCGGUUGUCACUCAGGCACCGCGGUUGCGGGUGUAGUGGGCAUCAAGAUGCCGAGAUACUGUUUCUUUGGUGACACCGUCAACAUGGCGUCCAGAAUGGAGACGAAUGGCAAGGCAAUGAAAAUUCAUAUCAGUGAAACGACAAAGAGAGAGCUGUAUGACUUCCCCUAUAUAACAGAAGAGAGAGGAACGAUAGAAGUCAAGGGGAAAGGUGAGCUGAAGACGUAUUGGCUUAUGGGCAAAUCUGACGUAAUUGAUGCCAACAUUCCAAAAUGUCCGUUUAGUGCCUUAAUGAGCGACCAAUUUGAUUCUUUGAAUAACGGUAAUGAAGGGGACCCCAGUAUGGACAACGUGAGCAUGCGACCCGUGUACUCACCCGUGUCCUUUGAAGACAUUCCUGCGAGCAGAACCAAAAGUGUGACUCACUCCCCACUCAAACAAGCAUCCAUCCCACAAACAAACAGUCCGGGCAGUAGCUGUAGUGCGAAGGGAUCGCCGUCGGAGGAAACUAAACGAAAGGAAGACGUGCUCGUUGCUUCAACAGACAUUUCCAAUAAAUUGCCCAGCCCGGCCGUGGUGAAACGUUGUGCACAGCACUCCCCAGAAGACCAGUCCAAAAACAUCUCAUUGUCAUCGUCCAAUUCGGACGUUUUAAAAACCCAUUUCCAGGACUCGUCGGUGUCUCAGUCGCCCAGUGUAGACGCUGCUGUACAGAACUCUUUAGACGAAGGUUUUAGCAUCCAAUCCAUAGUGUCACCAUCCAAUGUAGACGUCGCAAAGACCAGUUUACAAGGCUCUUCUAGGUUACAGUCCAACAGGCCUACAGCGCCGCCGCGCGGUGUGGAAGUUGGACAGAACAGCUUCAACAAUUCACAAAACCAGUCCAACAAAAAUUCGACGGUGUCGCCAACCUCCACGGAUGCAGUGAAGAAAUGUCCAUUCGAGCCAUCCGUGCCCCUGUUCAACAGCAGGACGCCUUCGACGUCACAGCAGAACACAGACAAACGAGGACAGACGGCAAAACCAAAAAGAAGUCGAACAUGCAGUCUGGUAGAACGUCAAGGCGUGUCAACAGAACAUAUUCUCACCGACUCCAAGGGUAAAGAACAUGUUCUCACCGAGUCCAUGGGUAAAGAACAUGUUCUCACCGAGUCCAUGGGUAAAGAACACGUUGUCACCAAAUCCAUGGGUAAAGAACAUGUUCUCACCGAGUACAAGGAUAAACAAUAUGUUCUCACCGAGUCCAAGGGUAAAGAACAUGUUCUCACUGAGUCCAAGGGUAAAGAGCAUGUUCUCACCGAGUCCAAGAGUAAAGAACAUGUUCUCACCGAGUCUAUGGGUAAACAACAUGUUCUCUCUGAGUCCAUGGGUAAAGAACAUGUUCUCACCAAGUCCAUGGGUAAAGAACAUGUUCUCGCCAAGUAUAUUGGUAAAGAACAUGUUCUCACCAAGUCUAUGGGUAAAGAACAUGUUCUCACCAAGUCCAAGGGUAAAGAACAUGUUCUCAUUGAGUCCAAGGGUAAAGACCAUGUUCUCACCAAGUCCAUGGGUAAAGAACAUGUUCUCACCGAGUCCAAGAGUAAAGAACAUGUUCUCACCGAGUCUAUGGGUAAACAACAUGUUCUCUCUGAGUCCAUGGGUAAAGAACAUGUUCUCACCAAGUCCAUGGGUAAAGAACAUGUUCUCACCAAGUAUAUUGGUAAAGAACAUGUUCUCACCAAGUCUAUGGGUAAAGAACAUGUUCUCACCAAGUCCAUGGGUAAAAAACAUGUUCUCACCAAGUUCAUGGGUAAAGAGCAUGUUCUCACCGAGUACAAGGAUAAACAACAUGUUCUUACCGAGUACAAGGUAAACAAUAUGUUCUCACCGAGUCAAUGGGUAAACAACAUGUUCUCACCAAGUCCAUGGGUAAACAACAUGUUCUCACCAAGUCCAUGGGUAAAAAACAUGUUCUCACCAAGUUCAUGGGUAAAGAGCAUGUUCUCACCGAGUACAAGGAUAAACAACAUGUUCUUACCGAGUACAAGGUAA